GGGCUGGCUGGUUCCGCAAGUUUGACAGUUUGGGCGAAGGUGGCAGCGGAGCCGCCUCUGCCGGGACGUUUCUGGGCGGCGGCCGGGCAGGGAGCGGGGCCCCCGAGUGAGGGCAGCGGAGCAGCUCCUCGAGGAGAAAGUUUUUCUCGCCGACCCCCUCGGCCUCUCUGCUGGAUUCUCCGGAGCCGCCGCCCCCUUCUCUCCUGGCUGAGGCGCUGCCGCCGUGUCCGGGGCCACAAUGUCUCGGGAUCCCGAAGAGGUGAACAAGCUGACAGAGAGCACCUACAGGCUAUGAUACUGGCUGGAAGAGCAUAUUAUGAUGGUGUUGCAAAGAUUGGAGAAAUAGCAACUGCAUCUCCAGUUUCUAAAGAAUUGGGACAUGUCCUUAUAGAGAUUUCAAGCACAAACAAGAUACUUAAUGACAGCCUAGAGGAAAGUUUCAAAAAAUUUCAUAAAGAGAUUAUAUCUGAACUGGAGAAGAAAACAGAACUGGAUGUAAAAUAUAUGAAUGCAACUUUAAAGCGAUACCAAACAGAACACAGAAACAAGUUAGAUUCAUUGGAAAAAUCUCAGGCUGAGCUGAAAAAAAUCAAAAGGAAAAGUCAAGGUGGAAGAAACGCAAUGAAAUAUGAGAGUAAAGAAUUUGAGUAUUUGGAAACUGUGAGUUCUCGACAGAGUGAUAUUCAAAGAUUUAUUGCUGAAGGUUGCAGAGAAGCUCUACUUGAAGAAAAAAGAAGAUUCUGUUUUCUGGUUGACAAGCACUGCAGUUUAACACAGCACAUGCACUUCUAUCAUAAACAGUGUGCAGAUUUACUUAACUCCAAGUUGCCUGGAUGGCAGGAAAUGUGUAGUGAUGCCACAAAAGUGCCAGAAAAAGUUAUGAGUAUGAUAGAAGAUAUGAAGACGCCUUUGUCCACUCCAAUCUCAGGAACUCCACAACCUUCACCAGUGACAGAGAGAAAUAAUAUGGUUGGAAGAGUGCCCCCUGCUCCUACAGUUAGAGCAUUUACUAGUCCUUUAGUUGACAUGUUUAACAAUCCACCAGCAGUUCCAAAGGUUCCUUCGGAAAGAUUAAAUAAUUCAGCAGGUAAUUCAGAUGAUGCCAGUUUAUCACGUUCAACUUCUGUUGCCACAGGACUGAACAUAAUGAAAAGGCAGAAAGUAAAAACUAUCUUUCCACAUACAGCUGGAACUAACAAGACAUUACUUAGCUUUGCACAGGGAGAUGUCAUCACACUUCUUAUAGCUGAAGAAAAGGAUGGCUGGCUUUAUGGGGAACAUGACUUGACUAAAGUAAAAGGAUGGUUUCCAUCAUCAUACACAAAACUACUGGAAGAGCCAGGUGAUGAAACAGAACAUGUUCCAGUGCGAAGCGCUGCACCAAUCAGAAGUAUCAGUUCUGUAAAUCUAGCAGAUAAAGGUGGUGUUGUCCUCCCCCCACCAGAUUAUCUGGGAUCUUUGCAAACAGGCACAACUUCAGAAAUGAGAGCAGAUUCUUCCAAAGGUACUAUUGUUAAAGCACCUGUGGCCACACCAGAAAGCACAACUCCAAAACCUGUUAUAAAUGGCAUUAUAAAACCACCUUUCCUAAGCGGAGAAAAUCCUUUUACCACUGUGAAACUCCGACCAACAGUAACAAAUGACAGAUCAGCACCAAUAAUUCGAUGAAUAUAAUAUUCAUGAAAAUAUUUUUACUCCCUGUAAACACUGUGUUCAGCAAUAUGAUUUACAAAGGCUGUUUAUUUAAAUGUAAUUAGUGUACAGUAGGAGUAUAUUGGAGAGGAUUUCUGAUUUUAACAAUCUGUCUGCUUUCUAAAUGAGGUAAUUGCUCUGGGUUAAAAUGUUUGAGAAUUUUGGCUUGAUUUUACACUAUAUGCCUUUUUUAGGAAGAAAGACAGUUGUGAAAGUAUGGGAGAAGUCUGAAUACUGUAGUUACCAGCAUACUUAAUAUUUUAUCAAAAUGCUCAUUAUCUGUUGUAGGGAAAAUACCAUGGAUAAGUUUGUGUUUAAGUCUGCAUAUAUCAUUUAGUAGAUAUAUAAAAGAAAAAACUGCAUUUUUUCAUAAAAGGAACAAUGCAACUGUUGCCUUAAUACUAAGAGUAGAAGUUUGACUGUAUAAAAUUAUUAUGUAUUGCAUUGUUUUAAGAUAGAUGCCUUGGGUUAUAAAUAAAUAAAUAUUUGUCCUCUAAGAGCUUAGACAAAUGUAUCAGAGGGGUAGCCGUGUUAGUCUGGA